AUGGAAGCAGUAACUUAUCAAGAACCUUAUGCAAUCGUCGUCAGGAGAGUACCAUUACCAGAGUUAAUCGAGCCAACGGAUGUUAUAGUUAAAGUGAUUGUUAGUGGAUUAUGUGGUUCAGAUCUUCAUGUUUAUAGAGGGCACCAAGAAGGACUGGACAAAGGAACGAUAAUGGGUCACGAGUUUGUCGGAAUAGUGGACAAAAAAGGUCUAGAUGUGAAAAAUUUUGAAAUCGGCGAUAGAGUAUUGUCACCCUUUACGACCAAUUGUGGUGAGUGUUUUUAUUGUAUCCGAGGAGUAACGUGCCGUUGCGAGAAAGGUAAACUCUACGGUUGGAUAGUAAAUGGCGACGGAAUUCACGGUGCACAAACAGAAUACGUUCGAGUUCCUUUAGCCGAUUCAACACUGGUAAAGUGUCCGGAAGAAAUAUCAAACAUUGAAGCUCUUCUAGCUGGAGAUGUACUCUCUACCGGAUUAUUUUGCGCUGAAAAUGGAAUCGGAAAUUUGUCAGUCAUUGAGCGAGAACAAAGUGUUAUUGUGGUCCUUGGAUGUGGUCCGGUUGGACUGAUGAGUAUUGUUUCUGCUACAUAUUUGGGAGCUAAAAAUGUAUUAGCGGUUGAUAAUAUUGAUGAAAGAUUGCAGUUAGCGAAAGAGUACGGGGCAAAGACUGUGAUUAAUUUUUCGAGUGAGGAUGUAUAUGAGAAGAUUAAAAGUGUUACCGAUACACGUGGAGCGGAUGUUGUUUUAGAGGUUGUUGGAAAUAAUAAAGCUUUGGAAUUAGCAUUCAAAAUAAUUCGUCCGGCCGGCAUCAUCUCAAGCGUUGGAGUACACACAAGCAAAGUGUUUCCAUUUAGUCCCAAAAACGGUUACGACAAAAACUUAACAUACAAAUCAGGUCGCUGUCCUGUUCGUCAUAUGAUAAACAAGUCCCUUCCGCUACUUGUAACAAAAAAAUACAACGUCGAAAAAAUUGUGUCGCAUCGUUUCAAACUGCGUGAUGCUGUUCACGGAUACACAAUUUUCGAAAAAAAGUUAGAAGGAUGUAUUAAAGUUAUUUUUGAGAAUGAUGUAUGA